AUGCAGCUGGCCGUCAACGCCCAGAUCCCCGCAGCUCUAGCGGGGGCGCAGGGGCAGACGGUGUAUGUGGACACGGAGGGCAGCUUCAUGGCUGAGCGCUGUGCGGAUAUCGCCGAGGGAGCUGUACGGCAUGUGACCGCAAUGGCGGCAAAACAGGCCUCCCUGGGUCGUCCCGAGCUGCUGGAUUCCCUCCGCUCCGGGCUCCUGGCCUUCGACGUGCGGUCGCUGCUGGGGGGCAUCUACUGCUUCAGAAUACACGACCACACGGAGCAGCUGGCCCUCACCAACAUGCUUCCUCGCUUCCUGCAGCAGAACCCGCAGGUCCGGCUGCUCAUCUUCGACUCCAUCACCUUCCACUUCCGACAGGACUUCCCCGACAUGGCCGCCCGCACCCGCACCCUGACUCACAUGGCGCAGCAGCUCAUGGCAGCGGCACAGGAGUAUGGGGUGGCGGUGGUGUUGAUGAAUCAGGUGACCACCAAGGUGCUGGAGGGCGGGGGCGCCAAGCUGGUACCCGCACUGGGUGAGAGCUGGGGCCACGCCGCCACCACCCGCGUGAUGCUGCACUGGGGCGCCUCCGACAACGAGCGCCACGCGGCGCUGUUCAAGUCACCGCACCUGCCGCCGGGGGAUGUGGCGUUUGCGGUGACGGCGGAGGGCAUUCGGGGGCUGCCCAGGAGCA